GACCAGCGGACGCUCUCAGAGAUGGAUACAAAACGUGGAAUUGCUAUGGGAAUUUAAUAGAUGUUGGUAAACCUUCUUGUGCCACUUGAAGGAACAUAUUUUCCAUUUCAUCGGUUCGAUUCAUAGAACGUUAAUGUAAAGUCGACUGUAAAUAGUUUUAAUCGAAUUUAUUAGGAUAUAAAUUUUUCAUUUAAAGAAUUUUAAAUUCGUUUUUACAAUUCCACAGGUGUGAAUUCAAGUCUGAUUCUUUUUUUAACAUCUUAUGAGGUAAAAAUCACAAAGUUGGUCAAGUGGGAGAAUUAUUGGACAUUCAAGUUAUGAUAUAAGGUCAACAUCAUUGACAUGUUAUAACGGAUUGAAUCUGAUGAAGGCAGCGGUAUAGGAGAACCGAGAUAAAGUGUUGCUGCUACAUCGGAGGUGCUGCUGUCGUGAAGUCUUCGCUGUCGAUCCGUACAAAGCAUUUCCAUUGAUUUGGUGCCCACUCACUAACAUAUUGGUCUAAAGGCAGUGUUAGUAAAGGUUGAUAGUCGACCAGGGCGGCGUCACGGCCUCGGGUUCAGUGGAAAUAUUUUUUCUUUCUUUCUCUAGUGAUUUUUCUUGUCUGCCUCUCGCACUGGAUUAGAAGCGCUCGAAAACAAUGUCACAGAACUUAACUGGGAUCAAUCUAGGCUCUGAAGAAAGAGUCGUUUAAUUGACACCUGUUUCCGCACCCUACUCGCCGUUUGUUAAUGUGAUAAUGAAUUCUUAGGAGAGUUGAUAUUUUCAGAAUCGUCUGUGGUGUGUCUUCGAGAUAAAAAUGGCUCAAAGAAUUUAUCAAGGUGAACACAGGAAGUAGAAAAUGACGAAUGCCGCCAUCAUCGGGGUAACUCUUAGCCUUGCCGGUGUUAUUGGGGGAUUCGUCUGUUUUAUUCUCUGUAAAGUGUACCGGAAGCGGAAACACAGACAUAACAUUCCUUCGUAUACCGGAUAUGAUGCAGUUGGUGACUACAAACCGCCAUCUUUGAUGUCAAUUUCAACAGCUUCACAGGAAGCUUUUUUGACCAAGGAGCACCGGUCUGUCCAGCCGUCAUCACUUCCGUCCACCUCUAGAGGGAGCAUCUCCACGAUGUCCAGGGGUAGUAUCAAGAGCGACCCGUUCACCGAGGAAACCAGCAGUAUUAGCGCUAGGAGUGACACCAGUGCAGACAGUCUCAUAUUUGAUCCCAACUUUGGUGCUAUACGACCAGAUCUGUAUCCCCGGAAGGAUGCUGUUCUUCAGCAGUCGUCAGUUGAGCAGAGUCAGGGUAAACUUCACAUCAGGAUCAAGUACGACUUCCGGACUUCAGAUGUUCUCGUUCAUCUUAUCGAAGCUCAAGAACUUGUGGUUGACAGAUCACGUGAUCCGGAAGGAGGAUUUGGCGAUCCAUAUAUCCGGAUCAGUAUGAUUCCGGAAGUUGAUGAGAGAAUACGACAAUCAUCCGUCAAACGCAGGACCCAUAAUCCGUUUUACAAUGAAUAUUUUAAGUUCCCGGUGACACUUGAUGAAGUGAAAGAGCGGACAUUGAUUUUCCAGGUUUUUGACUAUGAUAAGUUUUCCCGCCAUAAAACAAUGGGAGAAGUCAGUGUCGAUCUUGGUCAAGUUGACGUGACAAAUAGUGUAGAAAUGUGGUGCGAUAUUCAAAAGCAAAGCCAGCAUAACGACAUGGGAGAACUUCUGCUGUCACUGAGCUACCUUCCCACAGCGGAGAGGCUGACCGUGGUCGUGCUGAAGGCGAAGGAGCUGGUUAUGACGGCCGCCGGUGGAUCUUGUGAUCCAUAUGUGAGGAUUUCUCUUGUUGUUGACGGAAAGAAAGUGAAAAGGAAGAAAACAUCAGUAAAAAGGAGCACGACCUCGCCAGUUUGGAACGAGGCUCUGACCUUCAACAUUUCCUCUGACCUUCUGCCAAAGUGUAACCUUGAGGUCACUGUGCUUGACCAUGACCUUAUAGGUCAUGGUGAAUUCGUGGGACGGUGCAUCAUUGGUCCAAACCGACCAGAUGCCGAGGGAAAACACUGGAAUGACAUGCUAAAUAACCACCGGAAAUCAAUGGCUAUGUGGCAGCACUUGUAUAGACGAUAAACGCGUCAUAUGUCACAUGAUCGUUUUUCAAAAGUUUUAAUUAUACAUUCGUAUGUAUAAACGUGCUUUAAGGAGUAUGAGGAUGCAUUGUGUACUCCCAAUCUCGCCAAAGUAUUAGGCCUGCGUCACUUGUUAACGAUGUAUUUGUGUAUCAGUGUUACAUGUACCAUCACUUGCCUUGACUUGAUUGUGAUAUUGAAUGUGUCCCUGUCAAUUUUCGAUUGGAUAUACCGUUUAAUGGUUGUUGUCGCUAUGGUGACUGCGUUUGUAUUCAUCAUAUCAAUGUGAGCUUCUUGUUAUGCAUGUGUGUCAAAUUAUAUAUAUAUAUCUGUUGAUGUUACUCUUGGCAGAAAAUGUGUUUAUUUUUCUGUAAAGUUUGAAAUUGCACAAAUAAAAGAAUUUAAACAAA